UUCCGUUGUUGCAUAUAACCUCGCUUCGGGCCUUGCAUCCGUAGCCAGGGUCCCGAUCCAACACCAGGGUAUAGAUGAACCGGGCCAAUCGGGCAGCAAUACAAUACGUGAUGAGAACCCAGAAUUCGCGCUGAACUAGGCCGCUUCUAAACGAUGUCUUCCAAGCCAACAGGAGAUGGUCUGGAACGAAAUUUCACGACAUGACUGGCCAAUUACUGGAGAGGUCAUACAUAAGGCCCCUGAAACGUGCAUUGCGAAUGUAGGUAGAAGCAUGUGAAUUAUUCAUUACCAGGGAAACGAGACUUUUCCUAGAACCAUUCGACCGCACCACUUGCCACAAUCACUUGCUUUUCAAUCACAAUCAUGUCUGAGAUUGUAUUGCGCGAUGCGCGCUUCUCGGAACUCCCCGAGAUUGCCCACGUGAUGGCAAAGGCAUUUUGGGAGGAUAACAUAUUCGGCCAACUCAUUCACCCUCAUCGCAACGAGUAUCCUGACGAUGUAGACUUGUACUGGCUGCGGCGGGCACGCGUCAACUUUUGGGACUACCGCUGGCGAUGGCUCGUUGCUGUUGGCAAAGACGAAAGCGGUCGAGAGGUUAUCGCCGGGAUUGCGCAGUGGGCAAGAUUGGGAGACGGGGGCAAGAAGCUGGAGUUAUCGUACUUGGAUCCUCGAAAUUUGCUUAAGCCUCUAUCUUCUGUUGCCAUGAAAAUUCAUGCUUGGGCCUGGCCUAAUCGCGCAAGCGACCCCAAGGAGGAAGACAUCGUGGAGCGGGCGUAUCCUCUCUUCGAUGACAUAUGGAGCGGCAAGCGCGCUGAAUCGUGGUACCUCGAAUUAAUGGCUGUGCGCCCGGAUUUCCAGGGGAGAAACAUAGGCCGGAAGCUUGUACAAUGGGGCCUCGAGCAAGCUGAGGCCGAGGGUAUUUGCGCGUCAGUGAUUAGUGCCUUGGGCAAAGAUGGGUUUUAUACUAAAUGCGGGUUCGACGAGCAAUACGGCAGUGCUAGACAGGGCGACGGGAAUCCAUUGGCAGAUGUCGAGGGUGCUAAUAUGUUCUGGAAAUGGCCCAAGGCCCGGUCUUAGCGGCAUGAUGGCUGGCAUUGCCAUCUUUGUAAUACUAUUGCUGUCUGAAGUUGGGCCGAGCGGAACUUGCAGACUUGAAUGGAAUCCUAUUUCGACUAUUAGCGUCAGGUCUGUCUCUGUGUGACCAAAGGAAGACUUACAACAUGAUACGAUUUUUCGCGCUCAGGUAGAGGUGACAGUACUUUGAUAGUCAACUCGGUGGCCUCUUGUGUUCUA